AAUAAUAAAUAAAUAAUUACUUAAAUUGCAUUAAAUAAAUAUUAUUAUUUUUGGAUAUUUGUAUUUUUAUGUUUUAGUUACUUCUGAAAAUUUCACUGUAACGUAUUUGUAUUGCAACACUGUAAAGAGAUACUCACUGUAUAAUCAAUGUAUUGAUAUAUCAUUUAAUUAUUCUCAAUUGACGACAAAAGCGAUAAUUUGUUCAAACAGUUGCAGGUAAAUGCAAUUAAGAAGCAAAAAUUGCAUUAUUAAAAAGGUCGAUUUACAUGAUUUACAUGAUACGUCUCAAUAUUUAAUCUUGUUCAAUAAUGCAACUAUACAGCAAUAUCUUCAUGAGUUUCUUCAGGUAAAAAUUUGUUGAAAAACGUAUCUUCGUUGAAAUAAUCAAUCACAUCUGCACAAUACACAGAAUUCGAGGUAUUACCUAAAAGAUGUUGAAUUGACUGGCUUUUAUCAGGAUCGAUAUUAUGCUGAACAACGGAACAUCAAUCAAUCGAACACUGCUCCUCUUGUGGGCUAAUAUUCCGUGACGUCACGCAAUGGUUGCUGGAGAUUGAUUGUUCUUGGAGAUUUAAACCGUAUAAUGGAUGUAUGUAUCAGUAGGACUGAAUCAUUUCGAGCAACCAGCAGACCGUGGAUAGAGAAUGCACAGCUCAAUGAUCAAGUAACUUAAAAUUUAUUUUAUUUAAAAAAAGCUACUAUAUAAUUUAUGUAUUUAUAUGAAAUAUAAUUAUAAAAUAUAUAGGAUAAAAUAUAUUUCGAAAAAAAUAUAUAUCUUAAAUUCAAAAUACAUUCUUUCCAUUUUGAUAUAACAAUUUAAUACUUGAUCCAGUUAAUCAACGAUUGGAAGAACUUACAGAGGUCUACUUUUGAUAGAAUAUGUAGAAAGUAUGUCACAGAUGUUUGGAUAUUUUUGAAACGUUAUUUUCAGUAGCACUUUCAUGCUUAGAGAACAAAAAAUGGUCGUGCUCACCGUAUCUCCCGAUUUUAUGGGGUAAAAGUAUUUUCUCCAUUUCCAAAAUUGGAAUGAAAGAGUUUUAAAAGAAAGGAGAAGUUAGAGACAUUUAAAAACCCAUUACUCGUUUUCUUUAAUGCCGAAACUAAUGCCUCUAAGCUGCUGUUGUUAAUUAGUGAAUUAUUCGUUAUAUAUUGAAAAGUCUUGAAAAAUAUAAUUUAUUUUAAAUAUAAUAGUAGUGUUUUCUAAUAUAGUAGAUCCCAUUAUUCAAUCAUCGCUGUAAAUAAUGAUUUGUGCCAAUCAGAAACGAUUUGUAGCAAUUGAUGUACCACACAUUGACAUGAUCAGUUGUAUGUGUCACAAAAUGUUCGUGUACAAUAAAUUAAAGCUUGAUGGAAAACGUUGUUAUAUAAAUAAAUGAAAACUAAAAAAGAGUUUUGAUACAUCGACAAAGUACGCAAAUUAUUCGAUCAAUUAAUUCUCUAAAUCUAAUUUUCUGAGAGAACAUUCUGUUUUAUAUUAAUUUUUCUUUCACGUGUAAUCCUUAUUAUAAAACAACUAUCGACAUAUUAAAUAAUUUAUAAAUUCUAAUAAUUUCAAUUCUUAUUUACAUUCAACGAAUUAUUCAAACUUUAUUGUUGCCCCUUAAAAAUGGAAACAGACUCCAUUAAGGACACUAUAAGAUGAAUUUUCUUCUAUAAAAGAUCCUCUUAAGUGUUAACUUAAGAACUUUAAUAAUCAAUAAGAAAGCUUAGCAUCUCAGAAGACUUAAGACGAUCCUGGCAUAAGAACUAUGAAUAAUAACCCCUAUAAUCAAAAAGAAUGCGCGCAAUUGCGCAACAAUAUCUGCAGUAAAUCACAAAUCAAGGCAAACGAUAUUGUUUGCCAAAACAUCCGGUUGUGUACCAUGCGCGAAGUCGAUAUAUGUUCAUAUCGAAUGGAGAGGGUCGCUUGUACGGUCAGUCAUACAGCUGAAUUCUCGCGAAUCUGACUUGAAUCGCGGCGGUUAACGUUGAACGGUGACAGCGCUUAGACAACGUCGCUCGUUGUCGUCCGUCGAUGAAAAUGACAUCGACAUCGGCUUCCGCGAUGGACGACAGCGCUAAGAUCCGUCGCUUGAAUCAGCAUAUCGCCGCCCUAGUGACUUCCCUCGGCGGAUUCGCUCUCGGUGUGACACUCGGCUGGAACUCGAGCGCCGGGGAAGUCCUGCGGAACAUCUUGGACGCCAGCACCACGGAGAUCGGUCUGGUUGGUGGCAUCUUGAACGCCGGAGCCUGUGUCGGCGUGAUGCUGGUGCCGUUCCUCAUGAAGUACCUCGACUGUACCGUCAUCAUGCUCCUGACCGUGCCAGGAUUUAUCGUCGGCUGGACGUUUGUCUGCUUCGCCGACCAGGAAGUACGCGUUUCGCUUUUCAUAAUCGGUCGAUUCAUAUGCGGCACGAGCGGGGGAGCAUUCUGCGUUCUGACGCCGAUUUACAUCGCGGAGAUCGCGGACAGGAAUUCGCGAGAACGGUUGCUCACGUAUUUCCAUCUCUUAAUCAACUGCGGCAUCAUGUACGCCUUCGUAAUCGCCCACGUGCUGGAUGAGCAUGACACCGUAUGGAGGUACAGUCUCGCCUGCGCUAUCACGUGCCUCAUGAUUACGCUGGUGAAUCUGCUUCCUGAGAGCCCUCUCUGCUAUCUCAUGAAGAAUAACGAGAUCAAGGCGAGGAAGUCUCUAAAGUGGUACCGUGGUGAAACUUACGAAGAUGACGCCGAAAUGCAAGAACUAAAGCGACUUGCUGUUAUGAGCCAGGCAGGAAAGGUCACGAUAGAUACGAUGAAAAAUCGCUACGUCGCAAGAUCCUUCUUCGCGUGCUUGUUCGCGUUCCUGACCCAACAACUGAGCGGCGUGAACAUUAUGAUCUUCUACGCGCUGACGUUCUUUAACGUCGGCGGUUCGGGCGACUUGACCGGAAGCGAGCACACCGUCGUUGUUGGCGGCUUGCAAAUUCUGUCCUGCUUCCUGGCGACGUGCUUGAUAGACGUACUCGGACGCCGCGUCCUACUGACUGUGUCCGCAGCGCUCAUGGGAUUGUUCUUGAUACUGUUAGGGUGGUUUUAUGAAUUGAGGGAUGAGGAGCCGGAGUACGACGACAUCUACUUCUGGAUGCCGCCGACGUGGACGGCUCUCUUUCUCGCCGCGUACAACAUCGGCAUCGGCCCGAUAUCGUGGUCCCUCCUGGGAGAUGCUUUUCCCAUGGAAAUAAGAACGACCGCCGCCGCUUCCGUAGUCGCUUUCAAUUGGCUACUCUCUCUGACAGCGACGAUGACCUUCGGGGAGAUGUUGGUCACUCUCGGUGUCUCAAAGACCCUGUGGCUGUUCGCCGGCUUUUGCUGGUUCGCCGGUGCCCUUUGCGCCCUUCUCGUAAAGGAGACUCGCGGUCGCAGUCUGGCCGAGAUACAAGAUAGCUUUGAAAUCGAGCACGGACGAGUAGAAACCGAUGAGAACCGUGAACCAAACACGGGGCAGACUCGAUGAAGACUUCAAAUGUUCACGAAGACGAAAAGCGCGCGAAUCCCUCGCCGAUUUGGAAGAAUAAAAGUUGACCGGUAGAUGUUGGAAGGUGUCUUCCGAUAAAUAGCUGCGUUCAGAAGAAAAGGAAAGCAGAAUCAGUGAUUCUUUAAUAUAAUUGAUUUUUGCCUUUAGAUCUUCGCUGGAUCAGAAACCAAUCAUAAUAAAGGAUCACGAGUGCGGCGAGUACGACGAUUUAACGCCAUCCAGAUCGUCCUAGCUAGAUUGCGAUUCUAAUAAAAAAUGAAUAUCCGUUAAAGAAGAAAAAGAAGAAAAUUAUUCUUCGUUCACAUGGGGCUCGGCCGUCACAUCGCUCACGUCGCUUUCGAUGCCUUCGAUGCGAUUUGCAGCGCUCUCGAACCGAGGAUCUCAAGAGACUGAUCGGAGAAUUACGACCUCACAAAUCAUACGAGAAAUAAACGCAUUUCGUGAGCUGAGACGCGAUUCCGAAACCAGCGGCCGUUGUGACGACCGAGUAAUCAAGCAUGAAACGUCUCGAUUGGGCGAAUCGAUCCGUCGACGAGUCGGCUUUGUAGUUGCCAAAAGCUGAAGAUAGACGAGCUUGCGGACGUCGCGUUUUUCGAACGUUCCGAUCACGCGCCCGAUAAAUUGAUCGGUGCUGUCCCAGCAGUUCAGCAGUCGGAACAGAACGAAAAUACGACGAUACAGCGAGAAGAACGUAUUUCACCUCAUUUUCCGCAAUUGCGAUAUUGGGCGCUCGCGGCGUCGGCUGGCGGCACGCCAAAAUCCGCGCCAUGAUUUGCUACACCGGGAGCCGUAUUUUGAAAUAUCGCUAACAGAUGUACACACGCAUGCGAGAGAUAGGUUCGCGACACUUGCCUCGCGUUCGGUUCCCUUGACUGAAAUAACGCAACUGCGAGAGCCAUCUCUCUCGACGAGUGAUUUAAUCCCUUCUGCGAAACGCGACUGUACUCGUUCGUUGCGAAAAUACGAUCUGCAAAUUCUAAGAGCGAAACUCUCUAGUUCGACUACCUCGAAAUGUUACAAUCAUCCUAUGUGGUUGCAUUCCGCGGCAAAAGCAGUCUUAUGAGUUUAAGAUUUAUUAACGCGGAUUAACCUUUGUCUUUUUAAUCAACGUAUUUAUUAUGUAUUAUUAAAAACUAAAUGUUGAUGAAUUAUUUACAACAAAUAAUCGUUUAGAAAAUUUGCGUACGCUUUAAAUGGGAGGGAGAAAUAUUUGAAUAUAAAAUAAAUUGUCUUUUAUAUCUAUAAUACCCAGCAGUUUUUACAAUUCAAUAGAUCGGAAUUAUUUUGAUUGAGUAAAUAAGAGCGAAAGCGCUUUUGUAUUAGAUGUGUAAGUUAAUUUGAUACUUUUACAAAAUUUUCAAAAUUUAUUUGAAGAUUUCUAGAACAAUUGUAAUUAGUAGCAUUUUAUAAAUGUUAAUGUUAACAAAUUGUAAGGCGGAACAAGAUUUCAAAAAUUUUGAAGCUUAAGUAAUACUAAGAACAUCAAAUUAAUUUAUAUAAUGACAUAUAAUGGAUAAAUAAAUUUGUCAAAUCCUCUCAUAUUAAAUUUAAAUAAUUUGCUUCUUUUCAGAUACCUUUAUAUUGCAAUUUCUGAUAAACACAAUCUACAAAAGCAGCAGCGAUAUGGCGAAAUUUGUAUCCACAAUAAUCAUCAAUUAUUUAUCGCAUUAUAUAACAAUUGUAUAAUUUUACAUAACCAUGUCAAAAUACAUCGGAAAUACUUUUCUUUUCGAA